AUGAGGCUCCUCGCCCUCCUUGGCUCCCGGCCAGUCCAGCUCGACCGCGCGCACCUGUCUCGCCGCAUCAAUCGUGAGCCCAAGGCGCCGCGCGCCCGCCGCCCGACACAUGUCCUCAUAGUACAACUCGUACACUGGCAUGUACCGAUCGACAAAACGGCGCACUUCAUCCGGCGUCAUGCCGCGGCCCUGCGCCCGCAACACCUCUUCCUGCUCGUCCCGCCACCGGUACACGUUUUCGAGGUCUCCGUGCAAAUACACAAAGCAGUCAAAGUAGGCCCAGAUGCGCUCGUAGUCGCGCAAGCGCGCGUUGAGCGCCUCGACGUGCCGCCUCUGGUGCAGGCGCACAAUGCUGGAGGCGCGCGCCCACUUCGCCUCGAAGUCGCUGGGCCCCACGCUCCGGAACCCGCAGAACCACCCUUCCACCACCACCACAUCUACAGGCGGCACCAGGAUCCACGCGACCCGAUCGCCCACGCCGCCAUGUGCCCCUUUGUCGUACUGGGGCACGCUGGUGUGUUCGCCGCGCGCCAUCUGGGCAAGCACCUUUUCCAUGAGCGCCAAGUCGUGCGUUCCGGGCAACCCGCGGCCCUGGAGCAACAAGUUGUUUUCGUCGCGCGCGCGCCGCGUCACUUUUUGCUGCUCCUCAUAGGGCCAGUAAAAAUCGUCGAGCAGAAGCGCCACGGCCUUAAGGCGUUUCUGGCGGAGCUCUUGCACAAGAUGGGCGGCCAAGUACAGCUUGCCCGAGCCUUGCGGGCCGCUGACGCCCACGAAAAGCGGCCGUUUGGGCGAGACAGAGAGAACCCAGUCGACAAAGCGGCUAGAAAUAUCCACGCUCAUGAAAGAAGUGCGGUUGGUUGUGGGGCCAUACAGGCUGGGGGUGGGGCGUCCACAAAACUCGCACGAAAAUGCAUCGGUGCCUCAGGACUUGUAUGA